AUGGCCAAAUGGUAUGGAUGGUAUGACGGACCAAACUCAAAAAUGCGUGGAUGCUGUGGGAGAGAGUCGGCCAGAACACAUAUUCUGGAUGGAAACCUCGACGGAGGCAGCAACUCGUCAUCGGUUGAAUCGGUGCAGGACGAAAGAGCAGCAAGACAGAGUCCAGUGGCAGCCCACGCCCGCGUUAUGAUUUUGUGGCCAUUUUAUAACUAA